AUGUUGAUCAAGGCACUCCGAAGGCGAACACUGGUGCCUUCGGUGGCGCUGGUGAACUCGCGGCGCGACUUCUGCAUGACGCGUUUCAUGCGAGAGAAGUCCAGCAAGUCGUCGAUGGAGCAGGAGGACAAGGAGGAGCUGGAACGUGAGCGGGUGCUGCGUGAACGUUUUUCGCAAAAAAUCCAGGAAGCCAUGCCUCAGUGUGGACAACAAAAAGCUGGAAAUUGUGGUAGCGGAACAUGUGGCACCCAACCGUCAGUCGGGUCUAUGCAGCUGUUCAGACUCCUUUUUUUCACUGUCUCACUGAUGAUGUUGAUGGCUCUCCUGCAACUGUCUGAUGCAAAUUCGCCUUUUAAUAUCAUGCAGACCAUUCCGUGGUGGCAACUGCCCAUCUCAUCUGUGGCGCACUUCGUCCUCAUGCGAGCCCUGCUGCCCUACAGGGAGCAGAGGCGAAUAAAGGAAGAGUACGAGGUUGCUGGGAGAAUGAACCCGUCGCUCACGAUCGAUCAGUUUUUUGCCCAGCGUUACCCCACCAUGUUCCAAGGCUACCGCACUCAACAGCAGGAGGUAGUCGCCGCAGUCGCGGCGUGCAUGGCAACUGCCAACGAUAUGAAGUUUGCCAACUCCAUCUCUCGCGCUGCAGGAUCGGCCCGAGAUGUGAGGGCAUCUGUUGACAAUAUCGUUGAUGCGCUAAGGCGUGAUUACCCGCACCUAUUCCAAAGCAGCGGGGCGCCGCCGUCUACACCUGUGGCAAUCUAG